AUGUCGGUUCCAGAGUUUGCAGCCGCCAGUCAACUGGGCGAGUGGGCGCGCAAGCCUGAUUCACAGCGCUUGCCUCAGAGCAUCCGGCCUCCGUGCCAGUUACCUCCAGGAUGUCGUUUGGGUCUUGUUGUUCGCAACAUGGAGGAUGGGACUUUCCAAGCGCUGAAGAUCUUGCACUUUGAGAACUCGUUACCAGCCAAGGAGGUUGGCAAAUUUUGUAGGGGCACUCCCUAUGCAAUUGUCUUCCGACAAGGACCAUGGGCUUUGAAGAAGGCUGUCGUAUCCCUGAUUGAACGAUUGCCGGGGCUGCAUGUGGCAUGGUUUAGCCUCACAGCCAACAGCAAGUCUAUGGCUCUUCGCCGAACCCAAAGCUCUCAGUGGGCCCCUGCAGAUGAAGAGCUGCUUGCAGGCAUUCAGUACAUCAACGACAAUGCGCUGAGCGCGAUUCCCAAAACCAACAGUAUUAUUGAGCAGGGACUCCAAUUUCUGGGCGUUGGCAAGACCCCCGCCAUCAUCAUUAUGACGCUCGCCAUGGGUCGGUACCACAAGGAAAAGCUCGACCUACCAACUCUCCCUGGGCGGCGACGGGCCAAGUCUUUGGACAACUUCAGGCACAGGGUCAGACAAGUGCACGAAGGUGUCUUCUUGGACGAUCCCUAUCGAGACAAGAUUGAAGAGAGCCAAAGGUGCCAAGGACGGUACAACGAUGUGAAGCUUGCUAAGAACUGUUGUAGGGCUUAUGCCAGCGACGAUAUCCAGAAGGACGAUGAACCAAAAAAUGAUGAGCGCAUUGACAUCACCAUGGAGGAGUUCAUGAAACUGGUUCAUCGCACUUUCCCUGGCGAUAAGCCUGCAGACAUCAGUGACAUCAUGGCAAUGCUCAGACGGACUGUAGUCUUCGUCUUUGGCCUCUCUGCGCUGUAUGUUCGAUUCCCUAGUGAAAAGUCUGAGUCACCCAUCCAUUGCAUUCAAGUGGAUGACUUGCACAAAGAUGUUCUAGCUGAAGGUGAUAAGCUCUUCUAUGGCAAGUACAAGAGUGGAUCCGUGGACAAACCAGAACAUUAUGAUGAAUCCGUGGGCCGUGAACAAAGCAUGAUUGCGGAAAGUAUGAGUCGCUACCUGAGCUAUUCCAAAUCGACCCAGUACAUGCUUGACAUCAAUGAGGAGUUGCUGGAGUGCCUCUUCAACAUUCGUGCCAGCAACAUCCGCGAAACAUGGCUACCCUCUUCCCAAGAAAGUCAAGACGAAAGCUCUCAGGUCCUUCCUCCACCUGUGUAUCGCCACGUUGAAGGGGACCUGGAUGCAGCUGCAGCUUCGCAGAACGACCUUGAUGCUGAUGAGGCGGCUGCAAUUGACAUGGGCUUGCAUUCUGAGUAG